AUGCCGCAUCGGAAACAGAAUGAGAAACGAAGAAGUAAGUGAACAAGUUUUUUUGCAUAACAGAACUAAUAUCAGCUAAUUUUCGCAUGUCCUUUUCGUUUUCCUUUUCUUUUGCUUUCCCAAACUUUUUUAAAGGAAAAUUGCACCCUAGUAAAUACAUAUAAAACGGGCUGCAAGUGUUCAUCGAACAGUUAUUAUUGCAGAGUCUUCGCUGCUCAUCCCACAGUACAGCUCCGAGUUUGUCAUCAGUCAGCAGUGGAACGGCGACGAGACGGACGAGACGCCAUCAGAAACACAUAGCCGAGGUGAGAAGUGUUUUUAUACAUUUCCGAGCAAGUUCGCGGGGCCCGUCUGCUGAAAAAUAUCAUUUUGUACGGGUAAGGUUGGAGGGAUCAACGGGUAACAAAUUUUUCAUAUAAAAGCGGUCUGAUUCAUGAGCAACAUGUAUAGUAAUUAUGAAACUAAAGUGAGAACGCACGAAUUUAAUCUAAAAAAUUUAGAUGUCAAUUAAAGUAGGUAGACUGCUUUCCGAAACGUGAUUUCUGCUAACAGUUUCCCGGACAGUAAUUUUAAUUUUAAAUUACCAGCCAACCCGACUUAAACUCAUUUUAACACUAAUUUCGUACAGAAAAUCGAUUAUUCGCGAAAAUCAUUUCAACAUCAAUAUUUUGGGAAUCGCAAUAGACUAGACAAUUUUGAUUUGCUUUUACGUAGGCAUUCCGCCUACGUUUCACGAAAAUUGUGAUCACUGAAUUAGAGGAAGGCAUGUGGAGAACAAAAUGCAUUUCCAUACUCCUACACACGAGAAAGGUGAUCUUUGCAAUAAGUAGAACAGUUUAUCGGAGGAGGAGGAGGACAGUGCCGAGAGUGAGGCGGGGGGCAGAAUGGGGGAAAGUGGCGAGACUUGCUUGGUGUGGUGGAACUUGUGAUUGCUAUCGGUCCACUUUCUCCUUUCCACCUACGUCGACGGAAUGAAUUGAUUAUAAGUAUGAACAAUGAACAUUCGAAACUGAUCACAGUUGGGCGACGAGUGAAAGGGGAGGUAGGUACAAAGGUGAAAUGGGUUCAGUACCAAAGAAUCAAACAUCUGAUCGGAAAGUUAUUGGUGAGAGGAAAAAAGAAAAGGAAGAAAAGAAACGAGAAGGGCAAGGGUUGUAAGCUACACAUUACGGUCAGAUGGUGGUGGCCAUGAGGCUACAACCUCUCUUCUGAAGAAGACAUUCUUGGCAGAAAUAUAAGUUAUUUCAGAUCAAACAGUCUUGACAAUAUCGCUUGACUCACCGAGCCUCAGUUCAAUCAAUUACACUGAACUGCUGGAAGCCUUCGGUUUGGCCCUAAGUGAAACGAGUCUGCUUUCCGGAAGGUAUGUUCAUGUUCCUUCUCCCUCCCUAAUCGGAAAAAUGUUCAUAGCGUCAACAACAAAAUCAUUCGAUCGUUCGCUGAUCACGCACACAAAGAACCAUCCUUUUCGCUUUAUCGUUAACCGUAGACCCCAACGCACAUGCACAUGCACACACGAAUGCUCUUCGGGUGAUAUUUUUUGCGGAGCCAGCUCUUUCCGCCCGCCCCUAAAUGAUAACCCCAUAGUGGCGUGAUGAUUGAGCGUUACAGAGACGGAGAGCAAAAUUGAACUGAACUGCGCUUAUAUAAAAGGAAUGCGAAACAGUGUUUCGUGCUUACGCUAUCUUGACUUUUAGCUGACUCUGACCAUGUGAGUUCCGUUUUUCCGCGUUUUGUGAGUUCUUUAGUUUACUACAUAGGAUUGUCGUGCUUUAGAUCAUUCCGUAGACGUUUUAGAACCACGAGACGCUUUCCAACUAGACACUUGAAUAUCGUAACUUGUUCAGAAGACCAGCUGUUUCUAACUUUUUUGUGGAUCCCUGUUAAAUUUCCCGGGAAACAGCUGCGUUUUUCCAGUUUUGUCUUCAACUUUUGGGAAAACACUCCUUUGUAGCGAUUUUUCAACAAUUCAAACAUUGUAGACUGAUACUGUAGCUUUCAAAGCAUCGUUGCAUACCGUUAGUCAUACCCGAUGCCCGCAGUUCCACAGUUUCUGCCCUUUUGCAAAGUCAAAGACUACAACGCAAAGUGUGAAGCGGUGUGAGAAGAAAAGGGGAAGAAGAAGAUGAACCGAUAUAGAUCUUUCUGCACGAGGACACCCGACGACAACGUUUUCUGGCCGAUUCCUCCCUUUCCCAUAGACGAUGCGCUGCGACGUAUCAGUGGCAAUUGCUUCGCGGACCUGAACGUAACGUACAGUAACAUCAUCCCUCCCCCGCGUCUAACCGUUGUCGCCCGCCGCCGACGGACUGACGAACGGAUAGACGCGCAAAAAGAUUUGGAGAGAUUUCUCGAUAUUAUCUCCUCUCUCCUCUAUUUUCUAUCCAUCCUCCCGACAGUCAGCCAGAUUCUUUCGCACUCGCUUGUCGGAGGACGAACUUUUGCCUGUAAGCGCGGGCAUUCCAUUCCAUUCGAUCCCAUUCAAUCGACAAGGACGAAACCGAAGGCAACGCGUGGGAAGACACAUUCUUCUGUACACUGCUGGAUGUUUUGGCCUUUGCUUUGGCACAUUAACAAUGGGAAAAAGACGGCAAACGGUCCGUUUCUUCCAUAACUUUUCCUUUUCUUUUCUUGACGGCUUUUGGCGUCUGACUUUCCUUUCGAUUUCAUCAUCCGUGAUCCUCAUCCGAGUGGGGGCAUGUGACCCACUGUCUAGUUGCGCGCAAGAAAGGCCAGGCCUCCGAAUCGGUCAAACUGCGAAUGCCCGUGUCUCGUCUCUUCUUUCGAGGUCAUUUCUCGGUCGUAUGAGUUUCUCCCUCGUUUUGUCAGCAUCCUCUUUUUACCCACACACUCUUGUGUACAGUAUCAUGAUAUGCUGGGGUCCUCAUAUCAUCCAGAACAAAUGUCCAGUGAUUUUGUUUCCCCCGUUGGCCGUCACGCCACUAAGUAGUCUUAGGGGGACAGAAAUGACCUUGGAAAGUAUUUUUGUUUGUCUAACUCAUUCAUAUUCUUCCCUAAAUUCAGUUCAUGUGAUUUGGAUUUGAAUUCGAACAGUCGCAUAUAAAAGUGGUCGAGAACACGUCAUAAAUGAGGUCAAAAUCUAUGUGUGUCUGGAGAAGAAGUGAGAAAAAGCGAGAGAAAGAGAAAAGAGGAGAGAAACGAUUGAAAAUGGCGUGAUUUUUCUUGUAUUCUUUAUCAGAGAAACUAUGUAUCUCCCAUCAAAAACUUCAAUUCACAUCACCUCUCUCUUUUUCGUAUUUGUUCUUACUUUUUUAUCACUCCCUCAUUCACUCACUCCACCACCGCUUCAACAUACCAUCUUUCGCUUCAACCUUCACCCCCUCUCACUCAGAAAGAAACAAUUAGUAGAAAUAGUUUUCUUGAACAUUUCUUUUUCCCAUUGAUGAUUCCGAUUCAGUAAACCGGCCUAGAGCGUAAACAACAACUAUCCAGGCGAGAAAGGAAAGGAAAAGUGCCCAUGUGUGUUGGGGGGUAUUGUAUUGCUUUUCUCCCGUACUUCUACCACUUUCUUUUAAAAUAUUACUAUGUCUCACCACUCAAUAAUUUUAUUUUUUACAGUGUCUACGAUCUUGGAAGACCAUUCAACAUGUCGGUUAGCGGUCAUAAACCUGAUUUCCAAAAGAUCAACGUCUCAGGAAAUGUGAGAGCAACAGUUUUCGGUCUGGAUCUUUCAAAAAAUUAUGUUUAGGAUGCAAUCAGUGACGGAUCUCCUCAAUAUGACACCAUCGAGCAGUUCGUGGAAGCGAAUGUCACAGAUCCAACCAAAAGAUCGCCGAUUCGUAGGGUAACGUGAAUUUUUCAUCAAAAAUGACAAAUGACAGAAAAAAACGUUUAGAUGUUUGUCGCCACCAACGGUAUUGCCGCAGUGCGUUGCAUCCUGACGAUUCGCCGUCUUCUGAAUCACACAUUCCGUCAGGACCCGAAAUCAAUGAUGCAUUUCAUUGGUAUGACGACUCAGGACGAGAUCGACUCUAAUUCGGGUCAGUUAUUGUGCUUUUCACGUGAAACCAGCAAUGUCUGUCACAACGAGUCGAGAUAAGAAUCAAGCGAGCACAAAGUACGCAAUUCGUUUACAGAGUACCUCAAACUCGUCAACAGCUUUGUAAUUGUUCCAUCGGGUAGCAACAAGAACAACUAUGCGAACGUCGACGAAAUCGUGAAGCAUGCGGUUGAGAAGAAGGCCGACGCCGUCUGGGCCGGAUGGGGACAUGCCUCGGAGAACCCCGAGUUGCCGAGACGACUUGCGGAAAAGAAUAUUGUGUUCAUUGGUCCGCCAAGAAGCGCAAUGUUCAGUUUGGGAGACAAAAUUGCCAGUACCAUCAUUGCACAGGUAAGAUUUUCCGGUAAAACUGUUCUAAAUUUCUUUUUGUAGACUGUGGGCAUUCCAACCAUCGCCUGGUCUGGAUCGGGCAUUGCCAUGGAAAACACGAUGCGCUCCAAGGGAGACUUUGUUGAUGUACCACAACCACUUCUCGAGAAAGCGUGCGUCAAAACCUUUGGGGAAGGACUGGAAGCUUUGAAAACACAUAAAAUCGGAUUCCCACUCAUGGUAAGCUAAGAAGGCCUUGAAUUCUAGUUCAUAUUCAUGUUUCAGAUCAAAGCCUCCGAAGGAGGUGGCGGUAAGGGAAUCAGAAAGUGCACAAAGGUCGAGGACUUCAAGAACAUGUUCUUCGAGGUCACCUGCGAGGUUCCACAAUCUCCUAUUUUCUUGAUGAAGUGUGUUGAGAACGCGCGACACAUUGAAGUCCAGCUCAUCGCCGAUCGUUACGAGAACGUCAUCUCUGUUUUCACUCGUGACUGCUCCGUCCAACGCCGUUGCCAGAAGAUCAUUGAAGAGGCACCAGCUAGCAUUGCUCCAGAAACCACCCGCAAGCGCAUGCAAGAGGACGCCGUCAAUAUUGCCAAGUUUGUCGGAUAUGAGUCUGCUGGAACCGUUGAGUACUUGUACUUGCCGGAAACCGACGAGUACUUUUUCCUGGAGCUGAACCCCCGACUUCAAGUGGAGCAUCCCGCCACCGAAAUGAUCUCCAACAUCAGUAUCCCAGCUAUUCAAGUUCAAAUCGCUAUGGGUCUUCCAUUGCACAAGAUCCAAGACAUCCGUACCUUGUACAACCUCCCUAAGAACGGAGAUUGUGAGUUACCAGAUGAAGUUCUCACCGAUACAAAGCUUCACGCUAUCGCCGCUCGUAUUACCAGUGAGGAUCCAGAUGACAGUUUCCGUCCAUCUACCGGAAAGAUCGAGGUGCUCAAUCCCCGUUCAUCUCAAGACGCGUGGGCGUACUUCUCGGUGUCUGGAGGAGGAAAAGUUCACGAGUUUGCUGAUUCUCAGUUUGGACACGUGUUCGCUAGAGGAAGAAGCAGGCAGGAGGCUAUUGGAAAUAUCCUUGGAGCACUUCAGGAGCUGGAAAUAAAAGCCAGUUUCAAGUCUCAGCUGUCUUAUCUUGUCGAUUUGAUCAGAGAGAAGGACUUCACCAAUAACAUGUGCAGCACUCAAUGGCUUGAUGAAAGAAUCGCCAAGAAAAUUAAGCAGGUAAGUGAUAAAAAAACGUGUUCUUUGAUUUCGCCCUCCGUAACCCGCUUUUAUUGCAGAAAUGUACUCUCCCCAUGAGCGACAUCAUUGCUAUCAGUGCAGCCGUGAUCGGCCACGACCGCGUUACCCACGCUUUCGACAGUUUCAAGGGAGCUAUCGAAAGAGGACAAGUUCUGCCGCCCAACGACCUAACGGAGACCUUCCUGUUUGAUCUCGUGAAAGAUUUGAAGAUCUAUUCCGUGAAAGUCACUCGCAGCGCUCCAUUCUCAUUUGUCAUCCUUCUCAAUGGCGCAAAGACAACCGUCAACAUUGUCCUUCUCGGAAACGGUGGACUGAUGGCAACUCAUGGCGAGAGCGUGUAUCAGUGCAGUCUCGACGAGACACCGGAGAUUUACAAGGUCAUUAUUGGAAAGGAAAUCAUUACUUUUGAGAAAGAUAACGAUCCGAGCGUUUUGAAAUCGCCGUACACAGGAAAGUUCUUGGCGUACAAGAAGGAGGAGAAUGACUUUGUGGACGUCGGAGAAGUGUUCGCAGUUGUUGAGUCCAUGAAGCUGGUCUUCAAUGUGGAGGUCAAGAAAGCACCAGGAAGGUAUUACCAAAACAGUUUAGCCCACAAAAAUUUUAUCCACAACUUUCAGACUUCACCGUGUUGUCAACGAGGGAGACUUGAUCUUCCCAGGAAGUGUCAUCGGACGUUUGGUUGAUCAGAAGGACUCGGAAAUGUAUCGUCCACAGAAAUUUGAAGGAGUAUUCCCCGAAUGGACUUCCACUAUCAACUCUACUACUGAAAACAUUGCACACUUGUACAACGCGUGCGUUGAGGUAAGAAAUACAAUAAUUUAGAUAUUACUAUUGCUCAAAUUCAUUGUAGAAGUGCCGCAACAUUCUCGCUGGAUCAGUACCACUUGGAGGAGUCACUGAGAUCACCGCACUGACAACAGAGCUUUUCCAAUUCCUGAAUGUCAAUAACCUUGCCAGAGUCAUCCUGGAGCCAACGAUUGUUCAAGUUACUAAGCAUCUUUCCCCAAGUGUUCAACAACACUUCUUUGAUGUGAUCGAGAAACCAAACUUUACUGGAGACAAGCUCGUCGAGGUUCUCAACGGAUUUGCCUUGAGCCCAGAAGACCGCGUCAAGUUUGAGCAAGCCGUCCAUGAAUUCGCUUAUGGAGCUAACGGUUUUGCCUCGGGAGUGCUCAACAGCCUUCUUCAAGAUUACAUCAGCGUUGAGAAGUACUUCGAAGGAAAGGGAUACGACGAUUCCGUCGCUGAGAUCAAGGAGAACAACACUUGUGGAGACGCGGUUGUGCAAACGAUCUACUCGCACACUCAGAUCAAGUCCAAGAACAUUGUCAUGAAGUCGAUCCUUGAAGCUCUCAAAAUCACUGGCUCCAAGUUCAUCCCGUCGCUCCUCGAGAACCUUCGUGAGAUUGGAAACCUUCAUCACACCGAGGAAAUCUCCAGUCUGGCUAGAGAAAUCCUUCUGAUCUUCCAAAACUUGUGCUACAAGAACAACUACUCCGAGAUGACUACCAGUGGAUCGAGUGCAACGGCCCAGGAAGUCAAACAGUGGCUCAAUGGACCUAUUUCUAAGAGACCUGACUCUACUGGCUGGAAGGUGAUCCACGAGUACUUUUUCGACAAGGAGAUCGGAUCUCAAUGCCUCGAUCGUUACGUGGCUACCCACAUUUCUGCCGAGAGCGGAUACUUAGAGAACACUUACACCCUCCCGAGCAUGUCGUGCACCAUCAAUCACUUCAAACUCAUCGGAAAGCCGAUCAGCUUCAACAAGCUUGUCCUCCCGGGAAACCGUCUUGUCGUCGUUCGUCUCUCUCUGGAUUCUGCCACCUACAAUACUUGCUUCACCAACAAAACUUUCCUUGAUUGCUUGAGAAAGAACUUGGUUCAAUACUGCAAGAAGGAUGAAGUCAUCAACGUUUCCAUCUUUGUCAAGAUCACAAAUGAUAACACUGUUCAUAACGUGAGUGAAGAAAUGAACACGAGCGAUAGCAUAAAUCAAAAACGAUUACAGGACGCUUCAUGCCUCACGGACGAAGAGGAAGAGAAAGUCUGCUACGCUCAGAACGCUGUGGUUGGAUUGAAAGCUGAACUUGAGAAGAGUCUCAAGAUCAACCGUGUCAACACUGUUCUGUGCCUCCAUGAUCGUCCACUCCCACAACUCACCAUUGUGGAGCAAGUCCGUCUCGAGAAGGAUCGUCUACCAGUCAACUCUUACCCAGUUCUGUCAAGACUCUCUUCAGUCCGUGCUUAUCAACAAGACGAUCCGGAGAGCACCUUUGCCAAACUGUUCAUUCGUCAGCAAUUGAUCAUUCCAGGAAAUAAGGCGGAAGAUGUGUAAGUCAAGAGUUACUAUGAAUUUCUCUAGGAUUGUGAUUACAGUAAGAAGCGCAUCUCACGAGCCAUGUACCUGGCCCUGGAUAACGCAUGCACGGCUGCUCAGGUUGCGAUGGGCAAGAAGAGCAAGACCGGAAAAGAACAACACUUUACUUCCAACCACGUCUUCGUCAUCAUCUCGUGCCCAGGAUUGUCAGAGGAAGUGAUCGCUUCCGAGGAGCAUCUCACCUUCAUGAAGGAGUGCAUUACCGAGGAAGUGGAGAGCCACAAGAGCAUUUUGGCCAAGCAUCAAAUCAGCGAGGUUGAGAUGGUUUACGAGUCGAUCGAUGGACACAAGAGAAUUGUGAUUCGUGAUGAGACUGGAGUCACCACCGAAGUCAUCACCAAAUUCAGCAAGACCCUCGGAAGCUACCCGCCAAUCAACAUUGUGGAUAAAAAGAGAUUCGCUGCUCGCAGAGUCAACUCUUCUUACAUUUACGACUUCCCAAUUAUCUUCGGAAUGGCUGCUGUGAACUCUUGGCAGGCUGCAAAGACUCUUGACAGAGACGCGUACAACAAGAGCGUUGCUGCCCUUCCGUCUGUCUUUGCUGAAGCACUUGAAGAAGGACGCUGGAGAGACUUCUUCCAUCUCAGCGAGCUGGUGUUUGAGAAUGGAACUUUGGUGAAAAUCAAUGAUGCUGACACUAUCCAGAAGAGAUCCAAGAACGCGUUGAAUAAGUGCGGAAUGGUCGCCUGGAUCAUGACUCUUUUCACUCCUGAGAAGCCACAAGGAUACGACGUGGUGCUGAUUGGUAACGACGUCACCUUCCAAUCCGGAUCUUUUGGAACUGCUGAGGAUGAUCUGUUUGCUGCCGCGUCUACCUACUCCAGAGAGCACAAGCUGCCACGUGUCAACGUUUCUGUUAACUCUGGAGCUCGCAUCGGACUCUCCACAAAGAUUUCCAAGUUGGUGAAGGUUCAGCUCAAGAAUGAAGUGAAGCCGGAUCAAGGAUACGAGUACAUCUACAUCGAUGGACAGCACAAGGCCGACAUUGAGGGGCAGGUGGUCUACGAGGAGUUGAGCAACGGAAGAUUGAAGAUUCUCGCGGUCAUCGGAGCCAAGAACGAGAAGAUUGGAGUUGAGAACUUGCAAGGAUCUGGACUCAUUGCUGGAGAAACUUCCCGUGCUUACUUCGAGGUGCCAACUUACUGCUACGUGACUGGAAGAUCUGUUGGAAUUGGAGCAUACACCGCCCGUCUUGCUCACAGAAUUGUGCAGCACAAGCAAUCUCACCUCAUUCUAACCGGAUUUGAAGCCCUGAACACUCUUCUCGGAAAGAAGGUUUACACCUCCAACAACCAGCUCGGUGGACCGGAAGUCAUGUUCCGCAACGGAGUAACUCAUGCCGUUGUUGAGAACGAUCUGGAGGGAAUCGCCAAGGUGCUCAAGUGGAUGUCAUUCUUGCCAACCGCCAACACCGAGUUCCCAUUCUUCACCCAAUACGGUAACGAUGCCCAUCUUCGUGAUGUCCGUAUUCCGAUUGAUGGAACUGAGGAGAAGCAGUACGAUGUUCGUCACCUGAUCGAUUCGAAGAACCUUCAUGAUCUGUCCGGAAUCUGCGAUACAAUGUCGUUCGAUGAAAUUUGCGGUGACUGGGCCAAGUCCAUCGUUGCCGGCCGUGCCAGACUCUGCGGAUUGCCCAUCGGAGUUGUUGCCUCGGAAUUCAGAAACUUCCCAACGACCGUUCCAGCUGACCCGGCUCUUGAAGGAUCUCAGACUCAGAAUUCGCAACGUGCCGGACAAGUUUGGUAUCCAGAUUCUGCUUUCAAGACUGCCGAAGCUAUCAAUGACUUGAACAAGGAAAAUUUGCCACUUCUCAUCAUCGCUAGUCUCCGUGGAUUCUCUGGAGGACAAAAAGGUAAUCCUGAUAUUUAUAGAAUAGCAAUGGUUUUAUUUUUAUUUUUCAGAUAUGUACGACAUGGUUCUCAAGUUCGGAGCACAGAUCGUCGACGCUUUGGCUGUUUACAAUCGUCCUGUCAUCGUCUACAUUCCCGAGUCCGGAGAGCUUCGUGGUGGAGCCUGGGCCGUGCUGGACAGCAAGAUCCGCCCAGAGUUCAUCCAUCUUGUCGCCGAUGAGAAAUCCCGUGGAGGAAUCCUGGAGGCAAACGCCGUUGUCGGAAUCAAGUUCCGUAAGCCGGCUAUGGCCGAGAUGAUGAAGAGAUGUGACAAAACCUACGCCGAACUCGCCGCUGACAGCAGUGCCAAGAAGCAGACCGAGGAGAGAUACACGGAAUUGAGCAAGGUGUACAGAAAUGCCGCAGUGGAGUUUGCCGAUGCUCAUGACAGAUGGCAGAGAAUGAAGUCCGUCGGAGCUGUCGACCACGUCACUUCCCUCAAGAACUCGAGACGUCUCUUCUUCGAGCUCAUCAGAAAUGAACUGGCCAAGGUCGGAAUGGCUGAGACUUACUCGAAUGCCCCCCACGCUAGCAAGCCGUGCCUGGCUUCGUCGAUGACUUGGGUCGAGAGCAAUUUGAAGGAGUUUGUGGAUACCGGUGCUUCUCUGGAUGAUCAGUAUGAGCAGAUUAAAACCUAUUAUGACGAGAAGUUCUUUGGUGACUUGAUGACCGCCGUAAAUGAGAAUAAGAGAAGGUAAACUAUAUAAAACUCCAUUAAAACAUAUGGUUAUCUUUCAGGUACGAAGAGCAACUCCGCCGUUUCAUUGCCAGCAUCUCACAGAAAGCUGCGCAAUCCUGA